CUAUCAUAAAGUCAAUUUUCGAGACUGCGUCCGGCGGGCAAUGAGCUAGUCAUAUAUGAUUUGCAUUGUGCACGUUAUACAGUCAGAUAACGAGCAAGGCACUGGCAUUCGAUGACGCAGGAAUUUUAUCCUGCAUCACAGAACCGAGAGUUGACGAUCGUAAGAUCUUUCAACGACCGUCCCUUCUCCUCCAUCCAACGGAGCUUCUGUCUCUCUCUCUCUUCCUUCCUCCGCUCCAGGUCACCUUCCCUUCUCCUACAUCCAACAGAAAACCGACCAACCGUCCCUUGCAGCUCUAUCAGUACCCGCCCAAGCGCCAUUCCGCUUCCGAUUCCAAUAUGCGCGUUUGCUCCUCCUUCCCAAUCUGGUUACACUCCUGGUUAUGUUAGGAUUUCAAGAAUAGUAUGUUGUCGAUGAUUGAGACUCUGAGGCCGGUUCCACACUCCAGCUGGCUCCACGCGGACUCCGAUUGUAAAUACCGUUAUCCUCCUCCUUCUCCUACUCGCUCUUUCCCAUUCCGCGCUCAUUCUAGGGUUCAUUACCGGGAUCGGCUGCGGCUCCCUCGUCCCGUGAACUUGCUCGAUGAUUCUUUGCCCUGCCGAACUCUGCGAGGUUCUGAUCUAUGGGGAAGUGGAAUUUGGAGGAAUUGUAGAUUGAGAGAGCACAGAAUAUUAGCGAAUUGUCAGGACGGCGAUUCGAAGGCGAACUCGUGUGAGCCGAUAGCGGACACCGAAGGGCAGCAGAUUAGCAGCACGAAUACGCCCAAUUCGGGUCCGAAGCAGAAGAGGGAGAAGCAAGGGAAAGGUGAGUGGUGGUGGUGGUCCAAGCGGCAGAAUUGGAAAUGGCAGCCUCUGAUUGAAGCUCAGGAGGUCGGGGUGUUGCUUUUGCAAUUAGGGAUUGUUAUGUUCGUUAUGCGGCUGCUGCGGCCGGGGAUUCCGUUGCCAGGGUCGGAGCCCAAACCGCCGACCACUUUCGUUAGUGUACCAUUCAGUGAUUUUCUGAGCAAGAUUACUAGCAACAAGGUGCAGAAAGUGGAGGUUGAUGGCGUGCACAUUAUGUUCAAACUGAAACCCGAGGCAACCGGAAACCAGGAGAGUGCGGAAGUGGUUGAUGGUAGGUGGCAGGAGUCGGAGCCGUUGUUAAGGAGCGUCGCUCCAACCACAAGGAGGAUUGUGUACACAACUACUAGACCCAGUGAUAUCAAGACUCCCUACGAGAAAAUGCUCGAAAACCAGGUGGAGUUUGGGUCGCCUGAUAGGAGGUCUGGUGGAUUUUUCAACUCAGCUUUGAUAGCUUUGUUCUAUGUCGCUGUGCUUGCUGGACUUCUCCAUAGAUUCCCUGUUAGCUUUUCUCAGCAUUCUGCUGGUCAGAUUAGGAAUCGCAAGUCUGGUGGUUCUGGAGGUGCAAAAGUUGCUGAACAAGGAGAUGCAAUCACUUUUGCUGAUGUUGCUGGAGUCGAUGAGGCUAAGGAAGAGUUAGAAGAAAUAGUGGAAUUUCUCAGGAACCCGGACAGGUACAUAAAACUUGGUGCUCGUCCUCCUCGGGGUGUUCUGCUGGUUGGUCUUCCUGGUACCGGCAAGACCCUUCUGGCAAAGGCUGUUGCUGGAGAAGCUGAUGUUCCUUUCAUUAGUUGCUCAGCUAGCGAGUUUGUAGAGUUAUAUGUUGGAAUGGGUGCUUCACGAGUUAGAGAUCUGUUUGCUCGAGCGAAGAAGGAGGCACCAUCAAUAAUAUUUAUUGAUGAGAUAGAUGCAGUAGCUAAAAGUCGCGAUGGAAAGUUUCGCAUUGUCAGCAAUGAUGAGCGGGAGCAAACGUUAAACCAGUUGCUUACUGAGAUGGAUGGAUUUGAUAGCAACUCUGCAGUAAUUGUUCUUGGAGCAACAAAUCGUUCCGAUGUAUUAGAUCCUGCGCUUCUGAGACCCGGUAGAUUUGACCGUGUAGUUAUGGUGGAAACACCUGAUAGGAAGGGAAGAGAGGCCAUUUUGGAAGUGCACGCCUCAAAGAAGGAGCUUCCCUUAGGAAAGGAUGUCAACCUUAGUGACGUCGCAUCAAUGACCACUGGCUUUACUGGGGCUGAUCUUGCUAAUGUAGUAAAUGAAGCUGCUCUAUUGGCUGGAAGGAAAAGCAAAUCAUUGGUAGAGAAAAUCGAUUUCAUUCAGGCUGUAGAACGGUCUAUAGGGGGCAUAGAAAAGAAGACAGCCAAGCUGCAAGGGAGCGAGAGGGCCGUCGUUGCACGUCAUGAAGCAGGUCAUGCAGUAGUGGGCACUGCUGUUGCGAGCCUCCUCCCUGGACAACCGCGCGUGGAGAAGCUAAGCAUACUACCAAGGACGGGUGGUGCAUUGGGGUUUACUUAUACAUCACCAACCAACGAGGACAGAUAUUUACUUUUUAUCGAUGAGUUGCGUGGUCGUUUGGUCACCCUUCUUGGAGGGCGUGCAGCAGAAGACGUGGUGUACUCAGGGCGUGUGUCUACCGGUGCAAUAGAUGAUAUUAGGCGAGCUACUGACAUGGCAUACAAGGCAAUAGCUGAAUAUGGUCUCAAUCAAACCAUUGGUCCUGUAUCUGUUGGGACACUCUCCGGAAGUGGGAUUGCUGAGUCUGGAGGUAGUCCAUGGGGAAGGGAGCAGGGCCAUCUCGUUGAUCUAGUUCAAAGGGAGGUGAAGGAAAUGCUACAAUCUGCAAUGGAUGUGGCACUCUGUGUCAUUCGUGCUAAUCCUACUGUCUUGGAAGGGCUCGGUGCUCAUCUGGAAGAGAAGGAGAAAGUAGAAGGGGAAGAGCUGCAAGAGUGGCUGAAAUUGGUAGUUGCUCCAGAGGAGCUAGCUUCUUUUGUCCGAGGCCAGCAGCAAGCCUCUCUCCUCCCUCUCCCUCUCCCUGCACAAGCGGCAGGUUCAUGACAGGCGUAAAGAUUGACAAUAUUCAGCUCCUCGAUGCCAGGCUGAACCAUGUAAUGGGGUAAGAAACAAUUACAUUGUAGAAUUGAUACCACCAACACAACCGUGCGGCAGGAUCAGAGAUGAGCCUGAAGCCACCCUGAAUUUUGUAUAUGUUGGUUCAAUCUGGGUGGGAGUUAUGGCUUCAAUCUUUUUAACAUAUAAGGCAGCAGGGAAGUAGAAUCCAGCCAGCUACACGUACAUCUUCACCUAUUUGGCAUCUGAUUGUUAAGCCAUAGGGCACUCGUGUAUUCAUCUGUAUACGUUAUUACAUUACUCUGCAGAAGAAGAAAAAAAAGGUUAUACCAUGUACACUAUACGAGCAUUUGUUUGUAAAUAAGAGGAAUUAUGUUCUUGGUAUAAUGGUGGAAACAAAGGGGGUGUUUCUCUGAGCUUUGAUGUUACACAGGUUCAAACGGAAUGCAAGGGGAUGGUGAUUGGUAAACGAAGUACUAUUUUUGCCAUAGAUAUUCUCUAAAACGGAAAAGCAGAAACGAAUACACUAUCUUUGAGCAU